AUGCGUCGUCUGUUGUGUACUGCGCUGCUCUUGCUGUGUUGUGCCUACGGGUGCAUUGCAGCUGUUGUGCAGCCGCUACCAAAGAGAGGACAGGGUCCCUGGGAUACGUACACCGUCUCUGCUCCUGAUGCUGUUGACCUCGAGAAGAAAAAAGAUUUUAAACCCAUUCGUUUUGCUGUUUCUGCCAAAGAAGUGGAUAGGGUGUUGAAGUACUGUAAACAGUGGAAAAAAGAUCCUUCGGCUAAAGACGUAUAUGAUAAUGAAUAUGGAUUUAAACUUGAGGUUGCAAAUAGUAGAUUCCGUUUCUGCAAGGAGGAAAGCAAGAUGACAGCUGCAAAGAAAAGAAUUCUUUUGAUGGAUGUUCUUCCUGCUGCUCUCAAGUUACACAGUGAACGUCUCAGUAUUGACCUUGAAAAUGAAAAGUUGAAGUUACCUUUUAAUGAAACACAUCCGUAUCCCGUUUUGCCUAAUUGUACAGAUGUCUCAAUUCCCAAAGAGCAUCGAGAAGGUAUACCCAACGCUGAUUUUAUGCUGUAUGUGGGUCUUACAGAUGCGUAUAAACCCGUAAAGAUUUGCUCUAGAAAUGAAAAUAAUCAUCGUCCUACAUCUGCUUUGAUUAAAUUUAUCCCCAGGGAAAUUGCUGCGACAAGACACUACAUUCGUUUUGCUGCACAUGAAGUUGCACAUGCUCUUGGAUUUGAUAUUGAAAUAAUGAAGGAGAACAAUGUGAUUGAUGUCGUCGAAGUAGGAGAAGAAAGAAACAAGAAGAAAGUCCCUUUGCUGACAUCUACCAAUGUUCUUGACAAAGUGAAAGCACACUACGGUUGCUCUGAUGAUAAUGAUAUAAAGAGAGUGGUUUUUGAAAAUGACCGUCGUGAAACUGAUCCGUUACACUGGGAACGUCGAAUUGCGAAGGAGGAAUUGAUGAGUACAUACACCGUGGACUUUGAUGUGACUGGGGCGUACUAUACAGCACUAACACUUGCUGUUUUUGAUUCUAUGCCAUUCUACAGAGCCGACUUCAAAAUGGCAGAAUCGAUGAAUUGGGGUAAGAAUGCCAGUUGUGACUUUCUGAAGGAUGAAAACAAAGGAAAAGACAAAGAUACUGUAAUCAAGAAGUACCCCGAAAUGUUCUGCAACGAAAUCAAGGGGGGUCUGGAGUGUACUUCUGACCGUUUUGCACUUGGGAGGUGUACAAAGGAGAUGGUUCUGAAAGACAUUCAAAAUAUCUCCCCAGAGUAUGCGUACUUCAACGAUUUAACGUCUUCAUAUGGUGACUUGUAUGAUCUGACGGAUGGUUAUCCCAUUAUUAAACCUAUUUAUACAACAAGCUGUGAAAGUGGGAACUUAAGUCUUAUGCCUGGCAGUAUUGUGGGAAACACAUCACGAUGUCUGAAAGGUGACAAGCUGAAACUGCAUAAGCGAAACAAAUUUUCCCUCUCUGUUGGUGAUAUUUGUGCGGAUGUGAAGUGUGACAAAGACAACGAGAAAGUAAUGGUGCGGUACAGUGGGAGUGAAAUUUGGCAUAAUUGCAGUGAUGGAAAGAAAAUUGAUGUCGAGAAAAACUCGGAUUUCCAGAGUGGAAGUAUCUUUUGUCCCAAGUAUGCUGAGGUUUGCACGGAUUUGGAAAGCUCCACUAAAUUCCCCAUUGAGUACGAUAAGGAUGAGGAGGAGAAAAUAAAGAAAGAAGAGGAGCAGGAGAAAAAGGAAAUGGAGGAAGAGAAGCGCAAAAUGGAGGAAGAGCAACGCAAAAUGGAGGAAGAGAAGCGCAAAAUGGAGGAAAAAGAACGUCAAUUGAGGGAAGAGCGAAGUCAAGUCAAUAACAACUCACAACAAGUACCACCAAAAGCUAAACUGCAAAAAAAGAAUCACUCGGAUCCUGUGAAACCACAGGAGGGUGACGUUGGCAAAGAAGAAGAACACACUACUCCAAACGGAAAUAAUAACACAUCAGAAAACGGCCCUGAAAAGAAUGUCAUCUCAGCCCCAACAUCAACUCCUGUUCCCUCAGAGACAACCAUUCCAAGCAGCGAGAAUAACAUUAACACAACAACAUCAAGCAUACCAGAGAAUGUAAUCGCAGCUGCUGCUCCUGCCACUGUGGCAGAACUAAACAACACUCAGAUGGGACAAGCGCUAAACCAGGCGACUGCCAUUGUUAUUGUGGGUGCUGACAGCAGUAUUUCCGCUUCAUACCAAAUCCCUCUUUUGCUUCUUUUGUCGGCUCUGGUGACUCUGGCAUCCCCAUGA